GCGCCUGCCAGGUGGGGCGGGCCACCAUGGAGCCUGGCGCUGUGCUCAAGAGGCUCCGAGGGUUGGACGGUGGCCUGGAGGACUUGGGUGCCGGGCUGCAGCUGGGCAGCCCCGACAGGAAGAAGAGUAAAGACGGUGUGCAGCGCCAAGCCAACUCCUUCGAUGACGGCUAUGUCGCCGCCUAUAAGCCCGCGGGGGGGCCCUACUUCAUACCCGCGUAUCCUGGCUUCGGGGGCUACAACGCCUUUAGGAGGCCGCCUUAUCUGUUGUCUCGAGCGGCCUCCCCGUACGGGGCGCCCGCCUUCCCACUCCGUCACCACCGCCCCUCUUUGACCAGAGCCCGGCGGGGACGGCCUUCAGCAGGGCUCCGGCUUUCCCGAAGCUGGGGGUUAACAAGCACCAGCCCCCUUCCCAGCGGCACCACCCCACCCUACCUCGCUCGGAGCAGAGGACCUGCUGAGUUCAGGAGCGCGGAUGUAAAGGCCAGCGGGCACGGGCAGAGCCCAGUGGGCACUUCUGAGGGGGUCCAGCCAAAGCACAUGGAAAACCUGAACAGUGCCCAUGCGAAUGGGACCCCCACUAAGCCCUGCCUGCCCUGUGGAGGUCCCGAGGGAAGCAGCUCUGAGAAGGGAGGGGGGCGGCAGCAAAAUCCCGCUGCAACCCCCCCCCAGCACCGCCAUGUGCUCUCUGAGCCAGCUUACCCAUGUGGGAUUUGUACUGUGAAUGCCAUCCUCUGCAAAGCCGCCUGUCAGAAAUGGUUUCACCAGAUCUGCACAGGCAUGACGGAGUUGGUGUACGGUCUGCUGACCACAGAGGCUUCGGCAGUCUGGGGCUGUGAUACUUGCAUAGCAGGCAAGGAUGUGCAGCUGAUGCGCACCAGGGAAAUGGUGGGACCACCGGCCCUGAACACGGACACCUGAACAAAUCCCUUCCUCCCAUGGUUUGUGAAACUACUAUUUUCCACACAUUUUAUUAUCUGCCCAAGUGCAUUAAGCUUUCAUCAGAAGAACUUGAGGAGAUGCUCUCUUCCUGAUAGUGAGGUUUAGGCCUACGAAAGGGCUGUUUUUGUAUAACUGCUGAUAGAAUGCAGUGGACGAACCAUAAUGUCGCAAUAUAUUAUUAGUACCUCUUACUAUCUUACUCUGUUUCUGCGCUUUCUCCAGUUGAAAAGGCAGAAGGUCCAACCCAGAAGGAAAGGAAAGCAGUUGUUCUUCUAUGGGGAUCCCUGGGAAAUGAUUUGUAUAUGAGCUGGAAUUUAUCUAGUGAGGGUAACCCAGCUAGUCUUUUUGAAUUCUUCUGCUAUUUUUAUAGUGCCUACUUUUGAUCACAUUUAGUAUUAUGUGCAGGGCCUUUGCAAUAAACAGAUCCAAGUCUUUCUCAAAAUCUCUCU